AUGACUACACCGGGCCACGUUCCAGACCCAGGUCAAGAAAAAGAAGAGUUUGAUUUCGAGCUCGACCACAACCCCCAGGACCAUGCCGUCCAAGAAACACAGCCUGCCGACAGCCAUGUCCCCCAGGACCACCACGACCAGGACCACCAUCACCAGCCACAACAGUAUUAUGGUGAGGAUGAUAGUUACGAGAUGGAAAAGGGCGAAUCGGCAUCUCCCGAAGAAGGCGACAACAAGCUCCCACAACAGCCUCGAUCUCUAGCACGCAGAAUCAGCGAGGACUUCUUCUCGAUUCGACCCCGACGUCACAGAACUGUCGACGAUCCCACCCCGCGACGCGAGAUGCUCAACAACACAAAACGGUCCUUCCCCAACCGAGCACCCGGUCCUCCACAACACCACUUCUUCUGGCGAUUCUUUCAUCCGUGGUGGUUCACGGAUCAUCUCAAUCUCGAUGGCUUCAUUGUCAUUCUGCGUGACUGGAUCGUCUCUUUCACCAUCAUCAUUCUGAUGGUGGUACACAAGUCGGCGCGGUGGCUGGGUCCCUCGUGCUACCUCGGCCUCGUCAUGUCUAUUGUCAUGCCUUCGGGCCAGCUGUCCAUCAUCUCGGCGUUUGUGAUCAACGUCCUGCUCAUGUUCUUCAUCAUGACGGGAUGGGUCUGCGCCAACAUUGUCCCCAUGCGAAUUAGCAACACGUAUUUCUACGACCGAUGGACAGUAACCGACUUUAUGCAGGACGUUGUAAACAGAGGCCUCUGUAGCGCUGAUCUCAGCAAAACAGAGCUUAUGACUUGUCUCAAUGAGCAUGCCAGUCGAGGUAUCUACAUGAAGGGCAGCACGUCUGCUAUCUACGCCUUCUGGCUAGGAGUAACUGGAUGCAUCCACUUCUACUUCAAGUUCAAGCACCCCGUGUACAUCCCUGGAGCCAUCACGGGCAUGAUUGCUGCCUGUGUGUCUCUUGUUUCGUCAGUUCACACCCCCUGGUUCGAUGCCAAAGAGGUGGGAACCGGUAUGAUGAAGCCCAUGGGUCUGGCUCUUGCGCUCAAUAUGUUUGUCGCAAUUGUCAUUUGCCCCGUCACCUCCUCUCACCAGUACAUGGACAUGAUCAAGAAGGAGUACAUGCUGCUCAGUUCUUUGAUCAAAUUUCAGCGCAAGUUUGUGGCCGAGACCCGACCUUCCAAUGAGACCGAGUGGCUGAAGUUCAACACCAUCGAGGGUCUUAUUCUCAAGAUCCGGGGUCUCUUCCCUGUGUUGUCGGCCAUGGAGUCUUCUAUGCCCAUGGAAGUCACUAUCACGCGGUACUCUUUGGCCCACUACCCUAGUGCAAAGAUCACCGUCUCUCGUCUUGCGUCCAUGAUGAGCGGUUUCAGCAUGUUCUAUGACUCGAUGGAAAACCUGCGACAUGCUGUGCUGGAGUACCACAAGGGUGACACACAGACUCUGGAGCGCCAGCUCAGUUUUGCAAUUGGUACCGACAAUACCAAGCCAGACAAGAAGUCCAAGAAACCGAAGGACUAUGCUCCCGUAGGUGCUUUUGAGACCCAGCACUCCAUGGCUGGUAUCCUGCGAGACGAGUGGAAGCGAGCUUCGGUUCAGGAGCAGGAUGGUGGUUCCAAGGCUGUUUCUUCCGAUCCACCGUUCUCUAUGGCUGACCUGGACCAUGUGAUGGAGACGUUGGACAGAAUCUCUGGUCCUGUUCUAGACUCUGUGGCUGAGCUACUCGAUACAAUGGUCUCCUGGACCAAUGCCUGCAACCACUUCCGAACUUACGCUUACUUCCUUCCUUGGAUGCGAAAGAAGCGAGUUGCUCUGCAAAAGGAGCAGGCUGCUCAGCUGGUGGAGGUCUACGAGCGGUACAAAGUGGUUCGAGAUCAGUUUAUUGCUGACCGCUACACCAUCUUCACUGGCGCCGAAGCUGGAGUCCUCAUUUCCCGUGUUCUUCAAGGUUCUCUGUACUGCGGCUACCUGCAGGAGAUUCUACACAACCUGGACUUCAUGGUUGAUCAGAUGAUCGACAUGGACUACAAGCAGCCCGAGCCCCACUUUGUUACUGGUCUCGGAAAUUAUGUCCAGAUGAGCAAGUUCCGAAUGUCUGUCUUCACUGGUGCUGGUGAUGCCAAGUACAGCAAUGAGACCGAGGCUGAGCAGAGCACUUUCUCUCUCAAGAGCACCAUGGCCGAGACUCGUGAUCCCGACGCCCUUCCUGGACAGCACAUUGGUCACUCUGUGGGUGGAUUCAUUCGAUCUACCUACCAUCAUCUUAUCCAGACCAAGUUCAUGGUUCCACUUAAGGGCUCGAUUUUCGUCAUCAUUGCUUCUUUUCCCGCCCUGUUCAAGCACUCGCACCACUGGUACUACACUAACCGUCUUUACUGGGUCAUUGUAAUGACUUUCCUGUCGGUGGCCGAGCUGGCUGUCGAUAACCUGUACAAUAUCAUCAACCGUAUUCUGCAUACCUUCUAUGCGGUAAUCAUCUCAAUGGUUGCAUGGUACAUUAGUACGGGUAAAGGUCAUGGUAACUCCUACGGCUACGCAGUCACCAUGGGUAUUGUCUACAUUCCCCUGCAAUUCUACCGUGAGUUCCAUCCCAUUGGUUCUCCCAUCCCUACCAUUGUGUUGGUUAUCACUCAUACUCUGGUGGUGGGUAUUUCGUGGGUCGAUGGCCAGAAGAUCUCUACCUACAGCAUUGGCGUGGGUUGGACUGUUGCGUGGCAUCGAUUUGUUGCUGUCUGCUGUGGUAUUGUCAUUGGUUCCAUUUGUUCGUACCUCCCUCACCCUUACACCGGUAAGAAGGCUGUUCGAAAGAUGCUCUCGUCUGUCAUUCAUGAGACCGGUAACCUCUUUUGUGAGGUGUCUCACUUUGCCGCGGAGAAGAUGCGCAAUCCCCGAAUCGUGGUGGACGCCAAGGCUGAUCCUAUUGCAGCUCACAUCAACGGUAUCAUCAUGAAGCUGAUGGGCGCACGUCGAACGACCAUGAUUCUCAAGUACGAGCCCGAAAUGCAGGGUCCCUGGCCUGCCGCGGUGUACAAGGAGCUUAUUGCGCUGCUCGGCGAGGUUGUCGAGCUGUAUCUGCACCUGUACACAAUUCUCAAGCGGUUCAAGGACCCAACGUUCUGGCUACCGCACGUUCUCAAGUGUAUUGGAUGGCGAAACCAAAACCUAAUGUCUCACUAUUUUGCCAUUCUCUACAUGUCUGGAUCUGCUCUGGAGCGAGGUGUCGGUCUUCCCGAGAUCACUCCUGCUCAUCUUCUGAUGGAGCAUGUCCAGAUGCUCGAUGGUCAGCUCUACAGCUUGGCCACCGAAAGUGAGGUGGGUGUGGAGGACCCCGGUAGUCCCGGAAACCCCCAAGCCUCGCCUGACAUUAUUGAAGGAGCCGUCAACGAGCAUGUGGAUGUCUCCAACGAGCGUCUUCGAACCUCGGAUGGUCUUCAGUACAUUUCUGCCCUGUCGAUUGCCAACAAGAUUUACGACCGAAUGGACCGAAUUCUGAUCCAGGUCAAGAUGAUUGUUGGUGAGCAGUACGGGUCCCAUAAUUAUUAUCUUUACGACCAUCUCAACACGGUCUAG